UUGCCGAGAUUUUAGUAAGCGACACGUUCUAAUUAUGCUCCUUAAACAAUAAACUAUUUAGAUAUGGAUAUCUUCUUUCUUCGUAAAAAUGCUUAGUUGGCACCACGUUGGCAAGCUCUCAAAUCGUGAACUGUAUAUUGUACUAGCGGCCCUUCUCGGCUUCGCUCAGAAUUUUCAUCUGCGAUACGAUGUCUUCGGAUUAUGGUAGCUGCUGUGUUGCAAUUUAAUGUUUGAUGACUAUACUAAAUAUUUUCCCGCGCAUUAUAAUAAUGCAGUUAUCCUAUACUACAUUCAUUAUUAUAGAAUGCGUGUUUGUACUUGUUUUCCGACGAAGUUUUUAUCAGUGCGUGCAGGAUUUUUUACUUUGAACAACACACACAACAAAAAGCCAGCCGCUUAAAUUCAGUCUGCGCGGAUUCGUCGUGUCGUUGUCGUAUUUGAGAAUCAUGGAGGGACCUAUUGUGGAAAUUGAGCAAGGGAAGCUGCAAGGAAAGAUUUGUGGCGGGUAUUCUUUAUUCAAAUCAAUUCCUUAUGCGAAGCCUCCUGUUGGCGAACUGAGGUUUUCGGCUCCAGUCCCACCGGAACCGUGGAGUGGUGUACGAGACGCUACGAAGGAUUGCGAUAUUUGUGCCCAAUUUGAUGCGGUUACCGGUUCUGUAGUUGGAAGCGAAGAUUGCCUAUACCUCAAUGUUACAACUCCCAAAUUGCCGCCAGGCGAUCUGCUUCCUGUGAUGUUUUAUAUUCACGGAGGGGGAUUUGUAUUUGGGAACGGUACUGAUGUAUCUGCUUUUGGAGCUGAAUACUUGAUUAAGAAGAACGUGGUCGUUGUCUCCAUAAAUUACCGAUUGGGUGUAUUUGGUUUUGUGUGCCUCGAUAGAAAAGAAGCUACUGGUAAUAUGGGAUUGCGUGAUCAAGUUCAAGCUCUUAAGUGGGUACAAAAUAAUAUUAGUAAAUUCGGUGGGGAUCCUGCAAACGUAACAAUAUUUGGCAUUAGCGCUGGUGGAGCAUCGGUUGAAUAUUUAAUGCUUUCUCCCAUGGCUAAAGGUUUAUUCCAAAAAGCUAUUGCUCAGUCAGGCUCUUCAUUGCUGCCUUGGUCUCUGAAUGACCAAGCGAGAGAACACACAAGAAAAAUACCAGCAGUAUUGGGACAAAUAAUUAACGAUGAUACAGAGUUACUAAAAUAUUUAAUGGAAUUGUCAACAAAAGAUUUGGCACAGGUUACGGUAAUGCUUAUGACACAAACAAAACAUCAAGGUGGCAUCUUUUUUGGUUUUGUACCAACUAUAGAAAAAACAGGUGAUUGGGAAGCAUUUUUGGAUAAAUCACCGUACACUAUAAUAAAAGAGGGUAAAUACAGUAAAGUUCCUUUUAUUUCUGGAUUCUGUACACGAGAAGGUCUCAUUAUGGAUGCCAUUCCAUUUAGUACACCUCUUAAAAAGCUAAUUAAUGACAAGAACUAUAUAGAAGUCAUAGAUGAAUAUUUCGGAAUUGAUAUUUCAAAAGCAAAUGAUAUUUCUCAAAAAUUUACAAGCCUGUAUGAGAAAGACAACGAAUUCAAUGAACCAGAUGGUUUUGCUAUUGACUUUUUCUCAGACGUCGAUUUUAUUGGUGGGAUAUACACGGCUGCUUCUUGGAUGGUGGAACACAAUCCAUCAAUCUAUUUAUAUGAAUUCGCUUAUGAUGGUAAUAUGAAUCACGUUAAAAUAAAAAUGAACAUUAAACGCAAAGGAGCAUGUCACGGAGAUGACGGUGGUUACUUGGUGAAGGCAGAUAUUUUGGAAUCUGCGAACAUUACCGAAACCGAUAAACUAGUGCGGGAGAGAAUGAUUGAGAUGUGGACUAAUUUCUCUAAAUAUGGCGUGCCUACAAAGGGUAAAAACGAGAUUAUUCCAACGAAUUGGGAGCCCAUGGGCAAAGAAAUGAAGUAUUUGGUAAUCGAUGAGACUCCCUCUAUGCAGCAGGAUCCGUAUCCGCAAAGAACUCAUUUCUUCAAGUCAUUAUAUGACACCUACUACAGCAAAAAACAUUAAACAUAAUAAAUAUUUUCAUCACAAAUAUAAUAAGUUCAAAAUGUAUGUUUGUAUAGUCAGUUUGUCUAAAUAUCAAUAUUAAUUAUGUAAUUUAUCAAUGUAAUGAUUAAAUUAAAUUACUAAACUGUAAAA